AUGCUGCAACUGGGAGCUAUAAUUUUAUUCGCGUUUAUUGUCUGGAGUCCUCACGGAUCCCAGGCAAAGUCCUCCGAGGAACACGUACCGACGUCAGAGUUAAGUGUUCCAUUUCGAGACAUCAUUCCACUACUAGAUUUUAUGGCCUUGCACCGAUCGAACUGCAGUGAAGCAGUCCAUGUAAAUGAAACUCUGGAAAAGCUGUCAGGGAUCGAGGCCAAGCAGAAGGAAAUGCAGCAGUCAUUGGCAUCUUUGUUGGACGGACAGCUGGAAUUAAGGACUUUGAACGAGAGGGUUGCCGAAUUGGUAUUCCAGGUGAAAGAGUUCAAGGACACUACGGACACCCUUAAGCAUUUACUGCACAGCUAUUUCAAUGAAACACAGGAAAGCCUGAACACCACGAAAGUACCUCCUCCAUUAGCGGGUAUUAAGCAGCCGAAGUUUGAGAAAAUCGGAUCGCACCCGUUUUACAUCGAGAAUAAUAUGAGGGUUACCUGGGAUGGAGCUAUAGAUAUGUGCCGUGCAAUGGGAGGAGAACUGGCAUUCGCUGAGAACGUGCUUUUGCAAUUUGACGCCUUGGAGAUGAAGCUGCAUGGCAAAUACUGCUACUGGAGCGGACCACCGCUUGAGGAUGGACUCUCGCGCCCGAUCUCUACUCCACUUCCAGCCGGUUGCAGUGCAUCCGCCAGGCUGGGAAAUUCCCGCUAG